AUGACUCCCCAACAACUCCCUGCGCUUCUCCAUGGCCAUCUGCAAUCGUCGAAUUCCACCGCCAGCAUUUUUCUAGGCGGCGUGCGGAGAUCGUGGAUGGAGAAUCCUUCCAUUUCGCGUCCAGCCGCUGCCAUUCCUUCCUCCGCCUCCUCCACUUCGACUUCAACUACUGCUACAACGACGACGACCUCGGCGACGACGGCGUCUUCCCAGCUCCCUCCGCAUCCCGGCAUGCCAACUCCUGCCCUCGUGCUUCCCGCGUCGUCCCCGUCAACGUGCCGGAGCCAGCAGAAUGACGCCGUCGCCUCCCCUCCCCAGCCUCCCCCACAACCGCAUCCACCGCAAUCUCUACCACAGCCUCAAUCUCAGUCGAUCGCGGUGUCCCCCGUCGCCGCGGUCCCUUCUCCGCCGUCGUGUCCAUCGAGUCAUCCUCAACCUCAACCGCCUGCUCCCACAGCUCCUGACCCUCCGCCGCCGCCCGUGACCGUGUCGAUCGACACCACUCUUCCUCCGCCCCCCACGCAGCCAUCGCAACCCUCGCCGACGGCUUCGUUGUCGCUGUCAAAUCUGCAGGUGUCGUCGGCUCGACCUCCUGACAGCCCGACCGGUGUCCAGUCUCCGUUCCUCCCGUCGGGACCGCCCUUUCAGGUGAACACGGGGGUUCCGACUCCGCCGCCCACAAGAACGAGUGAGGGAGAUGCGGGCGAUUCUGGCCGGAGUCCGUUGAAUCAUGUGGAAAUGCAAAUCGAUUCCCAGGGAAACCCGCAGCAGCAGAUGCCUCAUCCCCAGACCGUGCAGACAAGCCAUUCGCAUCCGCAGGUCCCGGCCAGCGCCGCGCUCCAGUCGCAACAAGAUGAAGUUCAACCAUCCCAACACCAGCCUCAGCCAGAACGCCCGUCGAAUGCGCGGCGGUCGUCUGCAUUUAUUCCCACCAUUGACGGCGCGUUCUUCGAGCACUCAGUGCGCAACCUGACUAACUACAUGGCUUACUUGGAGCGAACCGGAUACCAUGUCCAAACGAUUGAAUCCGCGCGCUUACAGCUCCUGACCAAAGCCUGCGUCCACCAGGACUGCUUGUAUCUUGCCAUCCACCAGGUUUAUUGUCUCUACAGCUUUUCUCGGACCGAGUUCUUCAAGUUGCCGUGCUUCACGGAGCAGCAGGCGCGGGGCCUAGCGGUCAUUGAGAAGGUGAUGGUGGCGAACAACCCGUUGUCGCCCGAUUUUCUGCGCUGGUCGGCUCACUUCCCAGGUCCGAUCGAGGUCUUGGUUCAAACGCCCGUCUACCAUCAGGCCGUGCGGAAGGCCGCGGUGUGUCUCGGGCGGUUUGCGGAACAGUGGAGGUCCUACGUCGCACAUGUCUUCGCCCGAGGAUUCCCUCCCUUCGCGGCGGAGCUGAUGGAGGGCUUCGCCAUCACUUCGUCCUCCCUGGCUUACACCAUCUUCUUGUCGACCUGUCGACAGCUGCAGCGGCCAGGAUCCCAUGGCUUUGAUGAAGCCACGGUCAAGAGAGUCUGGAAACAAGAUCUGCAGAACUUCCAGCGGCGCCACAUCAACUCCGUAUCCAGGACUCAGAUUCGACAGGAAAACGCCGACAUCAUACGGUUGUAUCAGUCAAUUCUCGUCUCAAAUAAUAGCCCUGCAGGUCUAGGGCCGCAACCCCCACCGCAGCAGCAGCAAACGGGCCAGCAAACCGUGCAAUCGCCCAAUCCAGCCGCCCAGGGACUGACUGUUAACACGACGAUGUUUGCCAUGAUGCGACCGACCGGCAUCCCAAGCCCUCAACCCUCCCAAUCCCCGCAAAUGCCCGGGAGGGGUCAACCGGUGGUUGCGUCGCCGCGGAUGGCGACAGGUCCCCCGAAUGCGCCCCCGGUGCCCGCUCAGGCCCCUCGCCGCGGACGCCCGCGCCGAGCAUACGGCGUACAACAGCAACCCCCUCCCAUCUCGACUCCGGUACCCGGAUCUGCGCCCGGCGGCGUUGCACCACAAACGGGGCUACCCUUCCAGCCAAUGGUGUUCCCGUCUCAGCUGGUUCAAUCCUUCUCUCCGCGCCAGGCAUCGUCCCCUACACAGCGCCCUGUCCCGAUCCCCGCCCAACCGCAGAUCCCAACGGGGGUGUGGCCCAAUGGAGUGCCGUCGCCAGGUGGUCCCCGAGCUCUUGUCAGUCUGCAACAGCCUUCUCUUCCUGUUCGUCCUACCCAUCCUUCAAUUCAUCCUCAGAUUCAGUCGCAGUCUCAGCCCCAGUCGUAUCCCUCUUACCGUUUUGCUCCUGGUCCUGUGGCCCAACCAUUGCUCCCCCCGCCCGGACACAAACCGUCGACCACUUCUCGACCCCAUCCGCUCCGUGACGCGCUUCACCAAGCCCACCUCCGAGGCCCCGUGAAUGAGGUGCAGGCCCCGCAACACGACCAAGAGGCCGGGUUGUUUCAGUACCUCAGCGGGUUCGCCGUGAAGCCCGUGCCGCUGGGCACCGAGGAGUGCGCAUAUACCUGGCAAUUUGAAUUGUCGCGGUCCGAUCUUGAUCGCGUACCAGCCUCCCAACUUCCCUCGUUGGGCCAGCGCGCGGUGCGUGCCUACAAGGAUGGCUCCCAGAUCCACCGGCUACGAUGCAUCCGCGCAGAUCCGGCGACCUCCGAGGUCAGCGAACAGGCGUGGUGCACCGCCGACUCGAUCUGGCCCGGCGUGAUCUAUGUGUUCAUCAACGACGUGGAGGCUUACGUGCGCCGACGGAUUCAUAACGGCAAAGAUCUCCCCUUGGACAUUAGCCAUUACCUCCGCGAGGGUGUAAACACUGUGGCCGUACAUUUUAUUCGCAAUGCCGCCGAAACCCGAGACUUGACGUACGCCAUGGCUGUCGAGGUGCUAGACAUCGUCAGCCUCUCCAGAGCGAAGGAGCUCGCACAGCCGCUAGCCGCUGCGGAGUCCCGCGAGCAGAUCCGAACCCGCCUCUCCCCCGGCCAGCAGCAGGAUGACGAAGUGAGCAUCGUCAGCGACAAUCUCACGAUCGACCUCGUAGAUCCCUUCAUGGCCAGGGUUUUCAACACUCCCGUGCGCGGACGCUUUUGCGGACAUCAGGAGUGCUUUGACCACGACACCUGGAUCUUGACUCGAGCGUCCAAAUCGGGGAACGCGCCGAUGAAGGAGGACUGGAAAUGUCCCAUCUGCCACCAGGACGCCCGGCCACAAAGUCUUGUCAUCGACGGCUUCCUUGUCGAAGUCCACGAGGAGUUGGCGCGCGCCAAUCGACUCGAAACCGCCCGAGCCAUCCAGGUCAAAAACGACGGCUCGUGGCAAGUCAGGGCCGAAACGGAGGCUUCAGACCGGAGUGGUCCUGACCGAACCGCCUCGAAGCGAAAGCUCAACGGCUCCAGCAGCCCAGAAUCUCCGGCCUCCCAGAAACCCAAGGUUGAGCGGAGACCGUCGUUCAUUACGAAUGGCGACACCAGUGCCCAGCCGGCUUGCCCACAACCCACCGAAGUCAUCGCCUUGGAUUAG